AAGGUGAAAGUCAAUGGAACAGUGGCGUGCGUAUGUACCCAAGCAGAGGCUUAGGUGAACCCUUUCCUGAAUAGAAGUUAUUUCUAUUUGCUUUAUUCUGGAUUUUCUUUUCUAUAUAAAGAAAAUCUUAAGGGUUAGGUAUAAAAAUAACAAAAAUAAACAUUCCUAAGAUUAUUAGACAUCUUAGAAACUGGAACAAAUCUACAAUCUACAGCGGAUUAGUUGUUAGUCACGUUAUAUUAAAAUAUUUGGUGGUAAAAAGUAGACACUGAACUCUGAAUUCUAAGUUUAAAUUUUUGUAAUAUAUUUUAAUUUAUGACUACGCCCAUGUUCCGCAAUCUUAAUUAGUGCGGCCCGUGGUCUUUAAGCUUAUCAUACUGACUAUGGUAUUUGUUAUCAAUAGAUAAAAAAAAACCUCUUCAUGGCGGGUAGUUAGCUCGGCUAUUGCCCGUAAUUCCCGAAAUCACUAGACCCCCAUACAGAUCUCGCCACCAUAAGAGACCCCAAGCAUUUUGUUUGACGCCAUUUCAUUCUUUAUUGACGCGGCCAAUUAAGAAGGCAGCGCUGUUGAUUUGAUUGCCAAGCGAAUAUGAAUGCGACUGGAAUUUCUCCAUGAGUUAUAUUUAUAAAGCGGGUCCCCCAAAAAAGUUGCCAGAUGAGAAAAGCGGUUCCUCCCAAUCGAUAGGAACUCCAAACUGGAAAAACUUUUUCUAAUCUCAGACCAAGUUACAGAUUCUAUUGCACAAGAAGCUUAUCAAAACGAAAACGAAACAACAACAAAAACUGGAAGCACAACAAAUAACAACAUCUACAGCGGCGGCAACAGUCUGGCAACGAAGCGUAUACGUAAUGCCAAGCAAAGUUCCAUUCAUUUAACGCUCUCGGCUCGAUUCAGUUCUCGGGCAGGUGUCAAGCGACGUACACACGAAACGCCGACGCGGUCACAAUUCCAGAAUAUCAUAUACAUGCUAUAUAUGCUCGAGUGGCUAAUUAACAUACGCGUUUCGACCCGUCUCUUUACCUGAACCUUAGCUGUCUGGACUACACACUCAUCCACAAUUCUUAACGUGGAGAAGCGAGUACAAAGUCACAACAAAUUUCAAAAACACACAUAUACGUACACCCGAUAAAUAUAUUUUUAUAAGCACAAAGCGAUCAUCAUGCUGGAUCCCAUUUCGGACACACCGCUUGUAUUGGCCUACGUCUUUAUGUCGCUGCUGGUGCUGAUUUUGUCCUUCAUAUUGGUCAAUGUGGUUCACAAGCUAUAUCGAAGUCUCAACACAGAGGUAUCAACGGUUCCGAUUUCCACCGCACAGCCGCUGAAGACCACCAUCAUGGGACUAGACGCCAUGAAAACCGGUUAGGAUGGGUGCAGCGCAGCUGGCUAUGAGAGAAGCGAGAAUCUCGAAUCUCAGUCCGAUGUCGGAGCUCCGGUUUUAGUUCGGGCGAUUGGAGCGAAGCACGAGGAACGACAGCUGCAAGCCACCCACUCGCACGAGCCACAAAAUCUAGACGCCUGUUGAUAUACCAUUUAUAAACAUAAAAGCAAUUAGACAUAAAUAAGCGAAACUAGGCUUACGAAUAGAAAUUAACUACACUUAACGCGCUGGUCCUCUAGUCAAUUAAUUGUUCGUGUUUGCCCUAAGGUUAGGUUACAUGUACAUUGAUAUUGUAAAAAUAAAAUAACUUGGACGAUAA